AUGAUCGCAGACACCAAGGAUGCCUACUGGGUGCUAGAGACUCACCAUCCUCCCACAUACUAUCUCCCAUCCACUUCCAUUCAUGUCCCACUCACCCCGACGCAACGGAGUACAUACUGCGAGUGGAAGGGUGCUGCAACUUACUAUGCAAUUACUGCACCCAGAACAUCCAAUGUUCAGGAACCACAAGUCGUAUCGAAUCGCAUCUGGUCGUACAAUUCCCCAACGCCCGGGUUCGACGCAAUCAAGGGAUAUUUGUCUUUCUAUGCAGGACCGUGGGACUGUUUUGUAGAUGGGGAACUAGUUGAGCCUCAGCCAGGUGAUUUUUACGGUGGCUGGGUAACUUCAGACAUUGAGGGCAUUGUCAAAGGUGCUCACGUGAACAAAAUACGGAAGUCGAAAGCCACGCAAGAAGUACAUGCAACGGGCAGAGGACGUCUGGAAGAUAAGGGGUCUUUUGCGACUGAGGGAACAGUUCACUGUGUCUGGCCUUCCGUCAUUGUUCUCGAACUAGCUUCUCCUCCUCGGUCGUCUCGCUGCCAUCUGCGGCAGACGAAGGUCUUUCACUCUCACUCGGCCCUGAAGGACAUUGAUGAAUGA